AUGCUUGCAGAUGCCGGUCUCUUCUACCACAUUGACAAGAGCACUGUGCUGCAGGAGGCGCGCGCAUUCAACGAAACCCCCAUCAACGCGCGAAAAUGCAGGCUCAUUCUGACGAAGCUGGCCUUCCUCUUCUACCAGUCGGAGGUGUUUCAGUCGAAGGAGGCCACGGAGACCUUUUUCUCGAUGAACAGGCUGUUUUCGUCUCCAGAUACCGCACUUCGUCAAAUGAUGUAUCUCCUUAUCAAGGAGCUGGCUGGGAUUGCAGAAAACAGUUUCAUGGUCAUGCAGAGUAUCAUGCGAGACAUGAACGCAAAAUCGGAUGUCAUCUUCCGUGCAAAUGCCAUCCGUGUCCUGCCAAAGAUCGUCGAUAGCACGAUGUUGCAAGCGAUUGAGCGAUUCAUCAAGCAAACGAUUGUGGACAAAAACCCUAGCGUUUCGAGUGCUGCAUUGGUUUCUUCCAUGCACCUGUUCAACGCCAACAAAGAGGUUGUCAGGCGCUGGGCGAAUGAAGUGCAGGAGGCGAUGAACAACAGGGGCUCGAUGACGCAGUAUCACGCAGUGGGCUUGCUCUACCAGAUCCGACAGCACGAUAGGAUGGCGGUCAUUAAGUUGGUGCAGAACUAUUCUCGCGCGUCGUUGAGGUCGCCUCUUGCGUAUUGCAUGUUGAUAAGAUUCGCAUGCAAGAUCAUGGAGGAUGAAGAGCCUGGACAACGAUCCAUGUAUGAGUUGCUGGAGGGUUGGCUCAGACACAAGCAUGAUAUGGUGGUGUAUGAAGCGGCCCGCGCUAUCUGUAACUUGCGCGGAGCAACAUCGCAAGAGCUGCUUCCGGCCGUCUCAGCCCUUCAAUUGAUGCUUGUGAAUAGCAAGCCCACACUACGCUUUGCCGCCAUCCGCACGCUCAAUAAGCUUGCAAUGACCCAUCCACAAAUGGUCUUCCCCUGCAACAUGGACAUGGAGAACCUCAUUACGGAUACGAACCGUAGCGUUGCGACGUUUGCCAUCACCACGUUGCUGAAGACCGGAACGGAAGCCAGCGUCGACCGCCUCAUGAAGCAAAUCACGGGCUUCAUGAACGAAAUUUCCGAUGAAUUCAAAGUCAUUGUGAUCGACGCCAUUCGCUCGCUUUGCUUGAAGUUCCCUUCGAAACAAUCUUUGAUGUUGAACUUCUUGUCCAACGUCUUGAGGGAUGAAGGUGGCUACGAGUACAAGCGCGCCAUUGUGGAGGCAAUCUUCGAUAUUGUUCACCAUAUUCCGGAAUCCAAGGAGUUUGCUUUGUCGCACCUUUGCGAGUUCAUCGAAGAUUGUGAAUUCAACAAACUGGCCGUUCGAAUCUUGCACCUUCUCGGAACUGAAGGGCCAAAGACACCCAAAGCGUCGAAAUACAUUCGCUACAUCUACAACAGGGUUAUUCUGGAGAAUGCUACAGUGAGAGCCGCGGCGGUGACAGCCCUUGCACGCUUCGCCGUGAACCUGCCUGAGCUCAGAGAACGCGUGAAAGUACUACUCACGCGUUGUUUGGACGACAACGAGGAUGAAGUGCGCGAUCGGGCCAUCAUGUAUCUCCGAAUCAUUGACAGUGACGAGCUGUGCAGGAAAUACGUCGCGAAUGACACGACAUACAGCUGGCCUUCCCUGGAGCGCAACCUUGUGCAUUAUCUGAACGACCAGGCUGCACACACGCAGAGUUUCGACAUCUCCACAACGCCGAUAAUCACGAAAGAGCAGGAGUCGGCCGAGCGAUCUCGUCAACUCACCGCAGCCACCGAGGCGAUAACGCCCGCCCUACGCAGCAACGCCACCCCCACUGCAACUUCCCAACCAUCGGCAGCGCGUGGCGCAGAUGCAUUCAGCGGAGAUGCCCAGGCCGGAUAUGCCGCCGCCAUGGACAAGGUUCCAGAACUGGCCAAUCUCGGCCCUCUUUUCAAAUCCUCGACACCAGUGCAGCUUACCGAGGCGGAAACAGAAUACGUGGUCACUUGCGUCAAGCAUAUCUUUGCCUCGCACGUCGUUUUCCAGUUCAAUUGCCGCAACACUCUUAACGACUCGAUUUUGGAGAAGCUAAACGUCCAAAUGAAGAUCGAGUCCUCCGAUGACGACAACGUGGAUGCUCUAGUCCCCGAAUUCUCCAUCCCCAUCCCACAACUCAUCUUCGACAUUCCCCAAACCGCUUACGUCGUGUACCGGCGAGAAGGGGGCGCCUGCCCCACCGCGUCCUUCUCCAGCUCGUUGCACUUCUUCGUCAGGGACUGUGACCCGGCUACGGGUGAACCGGACGACGAUGGACAAGGGUAUGAGGAUGAGUACCUCAUCGAGGCCGUAGACCUUGUCGUGGCGGACUACGUGCUACCGACCUACGUGUCGGACUUCAGGAGGAACUGGGAAGAUAUGGGGCAGGACUCCGAGGUGGUGGAGACGUAUCAGUUGACAAAUAUGGCCAACAUCAAAGCCGCGGUCACCAACCUCAUCCAAGCCCUCGGUAUGCAUCCCAGCGAAGGGACAGAUAACGUCGUCGACAAGGCGACCACCCAUACGUUGGCAAUGGGAGGUAUCUUUGCUGGAGGUCACAAGGUCUUGACCCGGUGUAGGAUGUUGAUUGGAGGGGAGGGUGUGACCGUUGAGAUUGCGGCGCGGUGCAAGAACCCGGAGGUUGCGCAGAGGAUAGUGGACGCCGUAUGCUAG